UUCAAUCUGGCAACAAGCAAUAUGGCGGCGCGCAUGGUUUUAUGUACAGUAGUUUUAUGCGUGCUUGUAUGUUUGUAAACACGCGUUUUCCUGCAUAAUAAAGCGUGAAUUAUUCGUCGUUCCCAUGUCUGAACCCAUCUUGUAGGUGUUGAGUAGUAUUAUCAUCGAUGCAGAGGAGAAAGCAACUGCCUGUUCAGAAGCUGCCAACGCCGCAGGCUUCUACUUCAUUGAGCUUAGAAGACCCUUCUAAUGAUGAGGACCCGAACGAGAAGUUCGAGCGAGAACUGAAGUGGUGCAUUGAGCAACUUAAUAUUUCGCUCUCUCAUGCCGACGCAAAGAAGAAAAACUAUACUGAGCAACUGCGGGCUCUCCAAACGCUUCAAAACGUAAAAGCGCCCGUCGUGAAAAAAAGGCAAGUAAUGAGCCUGACACUUGGCAACUACAGGGAGAAGAUGGAGCUAGAAAAAGCGAAGUUCAUCACUGACUCUACCAGAAAGACUAGGCUGCAGCCUCAACAUUCUGCAGAGACCAAGUCCGUCUUCCUGCGGAAAGUGGCGACAUCAAACAGAGACAGUCAACCUGGUGUGCCAGAGACUAGUACAGAGUUCAAGUUCAACUUUGCCAUUGACACCGAGGACACUUGAGUGAGGCAUGGCAUCGUGGAAGAGCCUACAUCACUACAGUGCAUGACCCACAUCACUCGCCUUGUUCUGCCUGUAAGCCCUCUUGGAGUGA